AUGACACCCACUUAUGUAAAGGAUGAAAAUGGAAGCUGGGAACGGGCCGAUAUCGAAGAAUUAUUUGAAUUGAAUCUCCAAACGCUACGAGCUUCGCCCGACAAUGUUUUUCCGAUGAGGCUGCCAUUUGAUAAAGCAGCCGAAAUCCUGGAAUGCUCUGGUGUGUCUUUUCAUAUUUUGUAUAUAACCCCUGACAAUAUGGCGGAUAUCAUCUUUGCUCUCAAUCGUUUUCUGAUUUUUGUGGAAGAGGGUGGUUAUGUGAUUGGAGAAAUGAGAACGAAUGCAUCGAAUUGGAAAGAUACCUACGAUCGAAUUCAACAAGUCUCAACCACACAAAAAGCCUCGAAAACGAUGGAGAGUACUGGGCGAUCAAAAUCAGAAGACAACUCUUCAAAAGAUAAAGAAAAUAAAUUU